CUUCUCGGUUUCACGAUAGCUUGAAAGAUUUUCCAAAGAAGUACAUUGCAGUCGAUACUGAAGCCUCAAUUUGAUAAAGAGAGCAUCCCGUACAAGCCAAGAAGCGUCGAACGAGAAACGAUGCUUCAGAUUCAUUGUACUGGCUCGCCGAGAGAGAUCGGUCUAACCCACGGCACCCUCGCCAAACCUCUCAUCCACCGAACAAUCGCAUUCUAUAGCUCCCAAUUCCAAGCUUCAUCGAAACUAUCUUGGCCAGAAGUCCGUGUCCUCGCGAAAGAAUUUAUUCCGAACAUCAAAACUCAAUGGCCAGCUUAUUUGGAGGAACUUGAAGGUAUUGCAGAGGGCGCGGGAGUAGAAGUGGAGGAUAUUGUGGCUUGUAAUGUUAGGACGGAAAUUACGUUUGGCUUGUGGAGUGAUGGGUGUACGGCUUUGGGGUGGAAAGUCGACAGAGAUGGAGGAGCUGGGGAGAGUUGGUUGGCGCAAAAUUGGGAUUGGGAUCCGAGACAGGGGGAGAAUUUGAUUUUGGUGAGUAUUGAUGUACCGGGUAGACAGACGAGGAUUAAAAUGGUUACUGAAGCGGGGAUCAUUGGGAAGAUUGGAUUGAAUUCUCAUGGGGUGGGGGUUUGUUUGAAUGCUAUUAAGGCGAGAGGGAUGGAUAAGGGGAGGCUUCCUGUUCAUUUGGGGUUGAGGAAGGUGCUGGAGAGUAAGUCGAGGGAGGAAGCUGUGAGGGAGUUGGAGAGGGUGGGGAUUGCAUCGGCUUGUCAUAUGUUGAUUUCUGAUGCUGGUGGAAGUGUGGGUUUGGAGUGGUCUGCGAAGGGGGUGAAGAAGGUGGAAAUGAAUGGGAGGGGACAGGUGUUUCAUAGUAAUCAUUUUUUGGAGAAGCAUCCGGAUGGGGUGGAGGAUACGGAUUGGUUGGUGGAUAGUCGGUUUCGGGUGAGGAGGAUUGAGGAGUUGGUGAAGCGGGUUGAGGAGAAGACUGCAGGGAAGGAGGUUGGAUGGGAGGACGUGAGAGACAUUUUUCGCGAUGAGGAGAACUGGCCGGGAGCGAUUUGUAGGAGUGCCAAGGGGAAGAGUACGAGUCAGACUUUGUUUAACAUUGUGAUGGAGUUGAGGGAGAAGAAGGCAAAAGUUGUGAUUGGAAGACCGACAGAGGGCGGAGAAGAGAUUGAGCUG